CUCAAUAAUAAAACAUCAACUACUAUUUUGAACUAGGUGUCACAAAUGUUAUCUAUGUUAUAAACACUGUUUUUGUUCCUUUUCUGUAUCACUAUCAUCAAACUUGUCUUUGAUAGUGACAACAGUGACAACAGUUUAUAGUUUGAAACUUAAAUCUUCAAAAACCAAUCCCUAUGAUGAUGAUAAUGAUUAAGUUCAUAGCUUUACCAACAGUUUUGGCACUUUUUGUUAUCUUUGUGCAUUUCAUGACAAGAAUUAUCAAACUCAGAAAGCUGAAUCUUCCUAAGGGAACCUUAGGAUUACCUAUCAUUGGAGAAACCUUAGAGUUUUUCAAAGCAAAUCUUGAGGGGAAACAAAUAAGGUUCAUACAAGAGAGAAUGAAGAAAUAUAAUUCAAGGGUUUUCAAGACAUCAAUAUUUGGAGAGAAUAUUGCAGUGUUUUGUGGAACAGCAGGGAACAAAUUCCUAUUCAGCAAUGAAAACAAGAAUGUUCAAGUGUGGUGGCCUAGUUCAGUUAGGAAGCUGUUAAGGUUGUCUCUUCUUACUAAAGUUGGUGAUGAUGCAAAGAUAACUAGAAGGUUGCUUAUGAGUUUUCUUAAUCCAGAAACACUCAGAAAUUACCUGCCAAAAAUGGAUAGGAUUGCUCAGCAUCAUAUCAACACACAUUGGAAAGGGAAGGAACAGGUUGUUGUCCAUCCAAUAAUACGAGUAUACACAUUUGAAUUGGCUUGCUGCUUAUUUUUAAGCAUGGAAGAUCCUAUCCAAUUAUCAAACCUUUCAUCAUAUUUUGAAGAAUUUCUCAAAGGGUUGAUUGGCUUCUCCAUCAAUUUUCCUGGAACAAGGUUUCAUAAGUCAAUGAAAGCUGCAGAUGCAAUAAAGAAAGAAGUUAAAUUGAUUAUGAAGAAAAGGAAAGUGGAUUUGCAAGAAAAGAAAGCUUCACCUACACAAGACCUUCUGUCACAUUUACUUGUUACACCUGACACAACUGGAAGGUUUAUGAGUGAAGUGGAGAUUCUUGAUAACAUGUUACUACUUGUUUUCGCUGGCCAUGACACUUCUAGUUCCGUAAUAUCAUUGGUCAUGAAGUAUCUCGGAGAUUUGCCUGAAGUUUAUGAACAAGUGUUGAAAGAACAACUUGAAAUUAGCGAAGGAAAAGAGGAAGGAGAGUUAUUACAGUGGGAGGAUGUUCAAAAAAUGAAACACUCUUGGAAUUUUACAUCUGAAGUUAUGAGGCUGUCGCCGCCCGUCGGUGGUGGUUACAGAAAUGCUACGAAGGAUUUCACCUAUGCCGAUUGUAACAUCCCUAUUGAUUGGAAGUUGUAUUGGAGCACUCAUACACACAUGGAUCCAAAACUGUUUACAAAUCCUGAAAAAUUUGAUGCGUCAAGAUUUGAAGGAGAAGGACCAGUACCUUAUUCAUAUGUUCCAUUUGGAGGAGGACCUAGGAUGUGUUUGGGACAAGAGUUUGCUCGGUUAGAGAUACUCGUGUUUAUGCAUAAUAUUGUGAAACGUUUCAAGUGGGAUUUAGUUAAUCCUGAUGAGAAUUUCAAGUAUGAUCCUUUGCUAGAACCUGAAAAAGGACUUCCGAUUCAACUUCAUCCUUCCCAUUACACAUCAUAAUGUAAUGAUAAGAAGCUUUAUUUAUGAAGUUUUCAUCUGUAGAGUAUUAAACUGUAAGGUUUGAAUGUUGUUUCAUUUUGUAUCUGCUUCCAUGAUUUCAUUCAACAAGUAUUGGUUUCAAGAUAAUUUGGAUUACGAUCAGUUUCUACUGUUUCCUGCAAAAAUAAAAUUGAAAACUAUGAGCUAAGCUCAGUGAGGAAAACAUUGUGAAAAUGCGUACACAAGAGUAGAAUCCUACCUUCUGCAUUCCAAGUACUAAGACCACAUCUUAUAAAUUAAUCACUUUCUUUGAUAAAGUUAUUAACU